AUGCGUGAGAGGCUCAGUCUAGUGAUGCGAGAGCUGGCAUGCGAGUUAAUAGUUGUGACACCAGCGUUUGGAGAGGUAUCCACCACAUCUGUUUGUGUGGGAUGCCCUAUAGAGGUGGCCAGCCGCAGGUUCAAGGUGAAUCUCAUCUGCUUACCAAUAAAGGGGUUAGAUGUGAUUCUGGGUAUGGAUUGGUUGGCCAGCAACCAUGUGGUGCUUGAUUGUGGGCAAUGCAGGGUGGUGUUUCCAGAUGCAGAAGGACUGGAAUUAAUAUCAUCCAACCAAGCAGAGAAGGAGAUUGAAGCGGGGGCUACGUUUUUUAUGAUAGUAGCUCAGACGGAGAAGAAGAGUAUUGUAGAGAAUAUUAGUCUGAUUCUUGUGGUAGAUGAAUACGCGAAUGUCUUCCUUGACAAAAUCCCAGAGUUACCGCCAAGCAGGGAUGUGGAUUUCACCAUUGAUCUCAUCCCUGGGCUGGCCUUUUCCCAUAUUUCCUUUAGUGUUCUUUCCGCCUUUUCAUGUUCCCUUUUUGCUUGUUGCGCUUGUUUGACUUCGAGCUUUUUUCUAACACUCCUCUUCACCUCUUUUAAGUGUACAAUGUAA